CGGACCUUAGGUCAUUCGGCCUUCAACUUCCAAAAUGGCGUGUGUAGGCAAGGUGCUUGGAAGGUUGUCAGUUCUGCAAUGCCAUCAGUCUGUUCGUAGCGUAUACACUGCUACACGUGGAAACCUUAUGAUUGGAUCCCAUACUAAGGUCAUCUGCCAAGGCUUUACUGGGAAACAGGGAACCUUUCACAGCCAGCAGGCAAUUGAAUAUGGCACUAACCUGGUGGGAGGUAUUUCCCCAGGUAAAGGAGGGCAGAAGCAUCUUGGUCGUCCUGUUUUCAACUCAGUCAAAGAGGCAGUUAAUGCCACUGGGGCUGAUGCAUCAGUUAUUUUCGUUCCCCCACCAUUUGCAGCAGCAGCCAUAUUGGAAGCGAUGGAAGCUCAGAUCAAAUUAGUAGUUUGCAUCACAGAAGGCAUUCCUCAACAAGAUAUGGUACGGGUAAGGCACCACCUUGUUCGACAAGACAAGACAAGACUGAUUGGCCCUAACUGUCCAGGUAUCAUCAAGCCUGGAGAGUGCAAAAUAGGAAUCAUGCCUGGCCACAUUCAUCAAAAGGGGAAAAUAGGUAUUGUGUCACGAUCAGGCACCUUGACUUAUGAGGCAGUCCACCAGACAACUCAGUCAGGGCUAGGACAGUCACUUUGUGUAGGCAUUGGGGGUGACCCAUUUAAUGGGACAAAUUUCAUUGAUUGCCUUGAAGUCUUUCUGGCUGAUCCUGGAACAGAGGGCAUUGUGCUCAUUGGGGAAAUUGGAGGUCAGGCAGAAGAAAAUGCAGCUGACUACUUGAAAAAACAUAACACAGGACCCAAUGCAAAGCCAGUUGUAUCUUUCAUUGCGGGGCUGACAGCCCCUCCUGGCCGUCGGAUGGGACAUGCAGGAGCUAUCAUUGCUGGAGGAAAAGGUGGAGCCACAGAGAAGAUUGAGUCACUGAAAGAUGCAGGGGUAGAGGUCACAAUGUCACCAGCACAGCUGGGCUCCACAAUGGUUAAGGCAAUGCGAAAAGCAGGCCGACUAUAAAGCUAUGUCUCUUAGGCACAAUAAUUUGGUGCAACACAUAUUGAAACACACCUUAUCAGCCACGCUGAUUUUAAUGCUGUUUGUGUAUAUAGAUAUAUAAAUUUUGCCUUGUACUAAAAGAGUGUAAUGUUUAUAUCUGUGUCUACUUGUGAGACUGAGAGAAGAAUGCAAAGAAGUACUGAUAUGUCAUAGAACUGAUCUCACUUUUUUCAUUAUGCUGCUUAGUCUUUUCUAGAAAGUUUCGUCAAGCAUUUAUUAAUAUUUUGUCAGGAAAUAACGACUGCUGAGCUGUCCUGCUGCAGUUUGUAAUCAAAUGCUAAAGCUUUUCAUCUAAGCUUUUAGUCUUGUUCUUUGGUUUUUUCUGAUGAAACCACUUGUAUUUUUUCAUCAUUUAAAAUUCUGAUGAUAAACAGAUGACUGGUUUUAAAAUGCGCAGAUGUUGCUGCAUUGAAAACAAAAGUUGAUGACCAUAUAAAGACAAAGGUGAAGGUAUAAAUAUGAAAAUCCAAAAAGAUGUGAUAAAUCCUUAUCAGUUAAUUACUGAUGAUGAAAGCAGGGGGAAAAGCUAUAGUGGCUAUUUCCUAUUUGUGAAAUGUAAUGCAUUGCAGGCCUGUGAUGUAUAAAUUGAAAGUUAUUUUGGACAAGAAACUAGUUUUGGGAAAAACCUAGUGUGAUAAAAAAAACGUAAUUAGAAGCAUGUCUGUUGAUCUGAAGAUGAUUGUGUUGAAUAACAGCUUAACCAAAGCAUGUCUGAUUCUUGAGGGGCAUUCUAACAGCCUUUUAAUACAAAGGCCAGUCAUAAUGGUUAGUAAAUAUAGAAAUCCAGUAAAUCAUGAUGUAUGUGUGUAUGCAUGCAAUGUUUAUGCACAAUUUCUGGCAUAAUUACUGGGUUUCCAGUAAAAAGGAUUCAAGAAGGAAAAAAGGUAUUUUAACAAAUGACUAGAAUUAUUUCUUCCCUCCCACUGCCAAAUGGAUGGAAAUAAGAUAGCGAUAUUAGGACGCUGUGGUGCAGUAAAAGACCAUAAAAUCAUUUACUUGAUGGUUAAUGGUGGGAUGCUAUGUUAAGUGUCAGUGGGUUGAGCACUUGUUUUUUUUUUUUACUGUGUGCAAGGAAUUGAACUUUGAGAGCUAACACAUUAUUUAUAUUUUGAUAAUUGUCAUAUAUGCACAGUACUUGUAAUCUUGAAAAAGAAAAAUAACCCCAAACUAACCCUGUCUGAUGUGACAAUUUCUAAAAAAAAUUUUAAGUCGAAUUGUUAAGUGAAUUUGGUGUGUGGUUGCUGCAAUAAGUUUAUGUACUUGAUUGUAUGAAGACCAUUUUUUUAAAAAUGAAACCAGUGAACAUCGCUUAUUCUCUUUUUUGCCCUUUAAUAAAAGUUUAACUUUAAUCUCCCUUUUUAUUCCUCACUGUCAUUUUUGUUCCUACCCAAGUAAGAUAAAUCAUGCUUUUGAAAAGAAAAAAAUAAACUCAAGGAAAUUGAUGAAUAUUAAGUUGCAACAUUCUGAUAAGAAGAAACUAUCCCAUAAAUUUUUUACAAAUUGAGAGUAAUUUGUUAUAAACCUGCUCAUUGCAUAUGUAGAUCUACCGUAGCUUUUGAAUAGCUCUUUUUCGCUUAUAUUUUUCCUCAUUAUUUGAUUCAGGUUGUUAUGAAUGUUGAAAGAAAUAUGACUUGCUUUCUGUGACCCUCACGAUUUGCUUUCAGUUUGCUUUGGACGUUGAUCUUAUAACAAAGGAAUGUUGCUGAAACCUGAUGUCUCUCGGAUCCCUAUGAUCGUUUUUACUCGCUUGUAUAAUUUUGUCGUCUGAUGUGCGAUAGUUUUCAUCGCCAUGCUUUGCAAUGGCACAAAGGGUAUUUCAUUUUUUUUUAAAGUGUUCCCAUGAAGAAGUUCAGUUUCCAGUGUGCAUGAUUACGUUGAAUAAACAUUGUUAGGAAAGAUAAGUAAUGUUUUAAUAAAUAAUAUUUAUAAUAUGAAA